CACACAAUCUGUGUUAGGUGACUAUCGAGAAAUCUAGCAAAGCUACAAGUACUCAAGCUUCAACUUCAUCCAGAUCAUUUCGCAUUUGCCGGCAUUCAUCACAGCCUCAUAUCAAGAUGUCUACAGAAGUCGCCACCGAUGCAGCACCGCAAGCCACCAAGGUGGUGCCUUUGCAUCCCCUUGCACCGCUAUCAGCCUCAGAGAUCACGACUGCAGUAUCGAUAAUCAAAGCUUCGUGGCCAGCUCAUACGGACCUGCACUUCAAGGUUGUUACAUUGCAGGAGCCACCCAAGGCUGAAGUCCUGCGGUACCUGGAAGCCGAGCACGCCGGAAAGUCAAGACCAGAGAUCAGCAGGAAAGCAUUUCUGAACUAUUAUAUCAGAAACACAAACAAGUUCCACGAAGCGGUCAUCGACCUUACAUCUAGGCGCGUCGAGCGCAACGUGCUUCUCGGACCCUUCAUUCACGCUAAUGGUGAUGGCGAUGAGAUCGUGGCUAUCGAAAAGAUCGUCCUCGCGGAUGAGCGUGUUCAAGCUGAGAUCGCUAAGUUGCAACUACCAGAAGGCACCACUGUCAUUAGCGAUCCCUGGAUCUAUGGAUCCGACGGCAUAAACGAUGAGGACAGGCUAUAUCAGUGCUUCCUGUACCUACGAGACCCCAACAACUCAUCCGAAGCCGACUCCAACCACUACGCCAUGCCAAUUCCCAUCUCACCGGUCCUUAGCACCGAAACAAUGAAAGUCAUUCGGAUCGACAUCAUGCCCACUGGAGCUGACAACACAAUCAAGCCUAUCGAGAAGUACAAGGUCCAGCCGCCGAAUGAGUACGUCCCGGAAGCUCAGACUCUUCGAACCGACUUGAAGCCUUUGAACGUUGUCCAGCCUGAAGGUGCCAGCUUCAAGAUCCAACAGGAGGGUACCUCAAGUGUCUUGUCGUGGCAGAAGUGGAACUUCAGAGUUGGCUUCAACCAGCGUGAGGGCAUGGUGCUGUAUGAUGUCCGAUACGACAGCCGACCUCUUUUCUACAGACUGAGUCUGAGCGACAUGAACAUCCCAUACGCCGACCCUCGGCACCCUUUCCACAAGAAGUCCGCCUUUGAUUUGGGCGACGCCGGUGCCGGAAUCAUGGCGAACAAUCUGAAGCUUGGAUGCGACUGCUUGGGUUCGAUCUACUACCUCAGCUCUGUGCUCUCAGACGACAAGGGAAGCGUAAUAGACAUGCCGAACGUUGUGUGCAUUCACGAGCAAGACGCAGGUAUUGGAUGGAAGCACACCAACUACCGCACUGGCCGAGCGGCGGUUGUCCGAUCGCGCGAGCUGGUAUUGCAGUCGAUCAUCACAGUGUCGAACUAUGAGUACAUUCUGGCCUUCAUCUUCAACCAGGCUGGAGAAGUUACUUACGAAAUCCGGGCCACUGGAAUCCUGAGUACACAGCCUAUUGAUGAGGGCGUCGAGGUUCCUUUUGGUACCGUCGUCCAUCCCGGUGUACUUGCGGUCCAUCACCAGCACAUCUUCUCGCUGCGUGUCGACCCCAUGAUCGAUGGCUACAACAACAGACUGGUCUACGAUGAAGCCUUCCCGAUGCCAAGGUCAGACUUCAACCCACACGGAACUGGGUACUACGUGCAAGAGACCAUUGUCGAGAAGUCUGGCGGCUACGACGCCGCAUACGAGAACAACCGAACGUUCAAGAUCCAGAACCCGAACGUGCGCAAUCCAAUCAACGGCAAGCCAGUCGCCUACAAGAUCCAGGUACCUCCUUUCCAGAAGAUUCUCUCAGACAAGGACAGCUUCAACUACAAGCGCGCCGAGUUCUCUGACCACGACAUCUACGUAGUCAAACACCGCGACGGCGAGCUAUACGCUGGAGGCACAUACACCAACCAAUCACGAGGCGGCACUGGCGUUCGAUCAUGGGCCGAGAGGAACGAGAACGUGAAGGACACAGAUCUUGUGCUGUAUGUUCAGGCCGGUAUCAACCAUGUGCCUAGAAUCGAGGAUUUCCCGGUCAUGCCGUGUGAGAUUCUUAAGAUUCAUAUGAAGCCGGUUAACUUCUUUGAUAAGAACCCGGCGCUGGAUGUGCCGCCGUCUGAGCAGGCGUUUAAUAAGAGAUGGGUCGUGUUGCGCACCGAAACUGUGAAUGUGUCAAGAGGGACGACCAACUUUAGCAAGAAGCCUAGAAUGAGCGAGGAUCGGACACCGUACUCAACGAUAGUCUUCUGUCUCGUUGCACAGCCCGCACAUAAUGUUCAUCGCUACGACUACCUCACAGUGGGUCUACUUUACGUCUCAACUUCGAGCAUACACCCUAAAGUCUCAAGAAAUUCAUGGAUCGUCCAUCAUAGCUUCGAAAUACACUGUAUAGGCGGCACCGAAGAGCUCAUCAUUGAGACACUUGGCCGUGUGGGUCAGGUACUAAACUUCAGGCUGGUCUAUGACAAGGAGACAGGCCGACCCAAGGGGUUUGGCUUCGCAGAGUUCGCCGACGCCGACGCAGCAGCAUCCGCGGUGCGCAACCUGAACGACUAUGAGAUCAUGGGCAGGAAGUUGAGGGUGGACUGGUCCAACGACAACGGCUCCGGCGACAACGCGCCCUCCAACCAGAAUGCUCCCCCACCGAUGAACGGACAGCCACCAGAGAUCACGCAGGCGCAGCCUUCGAGCACACUCGGUCCUCUGCCCCCGGGCGUCGAUCUGCCACCGAACCUUACAUGCCCCGAUGCUAUAUCGCGCACACUCUCCACACUGCCUGCGCCCCAGCUCCUUGACAUUCUGUCGCAGAUGAAAGGCCUCGUGAUGACGGACCCAGCCAAGGCUACUGAACUGCUGCGACAGGCGCCACAGCUGGCUUAUGCUAUCUUCCAAUCUCUCCUCCUCCUCAACCUCGUCGAUCCUUCUAUGCUGGGCGCGCUGGUCGAAACAGCCCCGGCACCUGCUGCGCCGCCAGUACAAGCUCCUCCACAGCCACAACCCACGCCUGUCGCACGACCGCCUACCAACUACCCCAUGCCUCCUGGCUACCCACCGCAAGCUGCUCCUACACCACCGCAGCUUCAGCCGUACGUGCAACCUCCGCCGCAAGCACAGCCGCCAGCACUGGACAACAGUGCGCUGUACGCUCAGGUCAUGGCUCUGCAGCCGGAGCAGAUCGCGCAGCUGCCACCUGAUCAGCGCAACCAGAUCAUGCAGAUUCGCCAGAUGAUCAUGGCUGGGCAACGACCGUAG